CCCGGGCGCCGGGCCUCCAGGAGCGUCGCGCGCAGCGCGAGCUGCGGGCCGCAGGCGCCCCCGGGAGGCUGCGCCGCGGGCUGAGAUGUGACCGGGCCGCGCCGCGCAUGUGGGCUCCCCGACCUCCAGGGAGGGCGGCGGCCAGAGGGGCCCCGGCUCGCGGCCUCCCGGCCCUGCCGCUGCUGCUAGGGCUGCUCGCGGCCGCGCCGUCGGGACGCGCAGUUCCCUGUGUCUCGGGUAGUUUGCCUAAGCCUACAAAUGUCACCUUCUUAUCCAUAAACAUGAAGAAUAUCCUACAGUGGAGUCCACCAGAGGGCCUGCAAGGAGUUGAAGCCACGUACACUGUGCAGUAUUUCAUAUAUGGGCAAAAGAAAUGGCUGAAUAAAUCCGAAUGCAGAAAUAUCAAUAGAACCUACUGCGAUCUCUCUGCUGAAACUUCUGACUACGAACAUCAGUAUUAUGCCAAAGUUAGGGCCAUUUGGAAAACAAAGUGUUCCAAAUGGGCAGAAACUGGGCGAUUCUUUCCGUUCUUAGAAACACAAAUUGGCCCACCAGAGGUUGCUUUGACUACUGAUGAGAAAUCCAUUUCUAUCAUUCUGACGGCUCCAGAAAAGUGGAAGGAAAAUCCAGAAGAAAGUUCUAUUUCCAUGCAACAAAUCUACUCUAAUUUGAAGUAUAAUGUGUCUGUAUAUAACACUAAAUCAAAUAAAACGUGGUCUCAGUGUGUGACUAACCACACGCUUGUGCUCAGCUGGCUGGAGCCUGAUACUCUGUACUGUGUCCAUGUGGAGUCCUUUGUCCCAGGGCCUCCUCGCCUUGCUCAGCCUUCUGAGACGCGAUGUGUCCAUACUUUGACAGAUCAAACAUCAGUAUUGAACAUUAAAAUCAUCUUCUGGUAUGUUUUGCCCAUAUCUGUUACUGUGUUUAUUUUUUCUGUGAUGGGCUAUUCCAUGUACAGAUACAUCCAUGUUGGCAAAGAGAAACACCCAGCAAAUUUGGUUUUGAUUUAUGGAAAUGAAUUUGACAAAAGUUUCUUUGUACCUGCUGAAAAAAUUGUCUUUAACUUUAUCACCCUCAGUAUUUUGGAGGAUUGUAAAAUUUCUCAUAAGGAUUUAAGUCUUGUGGAAAAAAGCAGUGACACAGCGAACCUGAAUGAGCCCAGCAGGGCCCAGAAGCCCCCUGAGGAGGAAGGAGAGGUGAUGCACUUAGGGUAUGCUUCCCAUUUGUUGGACAUCUUCUGUGAGUCUGAGGAAAAGACCAGAGGUACCUCCCUAGCCCAGCAAGAGUCACUCAGCAGAACAAUACCCACGGAUAAAGCAGUCAUUGAAUAUGAAUAUGAUGUAAGAACUACUAACGUUUGUGUGGAGCCCGGAGACCAAGAGCUCACUUGGCAAGAAGAAGUGUCCUUACAAGGAAACUCCUUUGAACAACAGGCGGCUUUGGCAGACGCAGGCCCGCAAACACUACCGCAGCCAUACACCCCUCAGCUCAGAGACUUGGACCACCUGCCACAGGGGCACAUAGGCAUGGAAGAGCCACCGACCACCACACUGGUCGACUGGGACCCUCGGACUGGCAGGCUGCGUAUACCUUCAUUAUCUAGCUUUGAACUUGACUCAGAGAAAUACGAGCGCCCUGAAUACCAAGAGGCCCCAGAGGAGGGGCUUUUGUCCAGACUCUACAAGGAGCAGGCUCCAGACAAGCCACCGGAAGAAAAGGAAACUUAUCUCUCCCAAUUUAUGGAGGAAUGGGGGUUAUAUGUACAAAUGGGAGACUAACACCCAAACUUCCCUUUGCCGGACCCCCACUGUUACAAGGCAUGUGAGUGCAAAUAUCUGAGUGACCCAGCAAGAGCACGCCUGGGAAAAAAGAAGUGUGCUCAGAUUUUCCUGCGUCAGCAGGAAUUCCUUCCUUCUCCACCUCAUUCUCACAGGAUUAUUUCAUCCUGCCUCUCAUGGUGGCUGCUUCCUGCUGUGGGGCUCUCACAUGCUAGUGGGCCCCUGCUGUGCCUAGUGGCUGACCCAUUACCUGGUACCCAGUAAGUAUUCAAAGAUGCUCUGCCAAAUUGGAUGCAGGAUUUAUUUAGGUGGGUGUACUAUGGCAUCUUUGUUUAUUGUUUUCUAGCAAGCACACUUAUACAUUAUUUUCUGGGCACUUACCAGACAUAAAGCCCUGUAAAAAAUAUUUCAUGAAGACCCUUCAUUUUUUUAUUAAUGUAUCAUUGAUAUACACUCUUAUGAAGGUUUCACAUGAAAAAUAAUGUGGUUAUUACAUUCACCCUUAUUAUUGAGUCCCCCCCACACACCCCAUUGCAGCCACUGUCCAUCAGUGUAGUAAGAUGCCACAGUCACUUCUUGUCUUCUCUGUGCUACACUGAUGAAGACCCUUCAUUUUAUAAAUACUACUUUUUUGGAAUUUGGCUUAUCAUCAGAAAGAAGAGAUACUUAAAAGUUGGACACAUUGAAGGGCCGCAACUCACUUUUCAAUUACAAUAAUCUGUAUUUGAAGUAAAGCAGGCACAUAUGUUGAUAUCACAUGCUUUUGGCUACUUUAAGUCACCAUAUGAAUACUUACUGAAGUUCUGAAGUGUAAACAUAAAUUGUUACUAUUCUUUUGAAGUCAGAAAAUGCCCUUUCAAUUGAGUAGCAGGAACUUUUUAGUAGGAAAACCAAUCUGAAAGCAUAUGCCACAUUUGGAAUAGUACAUUUAUUUCUGGAAAUGUGUGGGAUUUUUUUAAGACAUGUACAUAGUCUAUAAACUAGAACAUGUUUAGAAGCUGAAGCACUGUGUUACUACCAUAAUAUUAAAUAUUUUAUUUGAAUGGACAAUGCCACAAAGACUCCUUGGAAUAUGUAUGAAUGAACAUCCCCUAUCUACAUAAUCUUAAAAUGAAUAUGUAAGGGAAAGUGUAUUAAAACAUUGACAUAAUUUACUGUGAGAACCAAAGUGUGCCAUAAAACAAUACCAUCCUAUUUAAA